AUGAAGAUGUUCUUUAAAAUAAGCUGCUGGAGACACUGCCUUGGCUGCCGGUUGUGAGUGCCUCAUCCUCCCAGAAAGCUUCCCACGAUGAUUGAGCCCUUCUUGGGAACCUGGAAGCUGGUCUCCAGCGAAAACUUCGAGGAUUACAUGAGAGAACUGGGAGUGGAUUUUGCAGCCCGGAAUGUGGCAGGUUUAGUAAAGCCAACUGUUAAUAUUAGUCUCAAUGGGGAAAAGAUUAACAUCCAAACAGAAAGCUCUCUCCAGAACACGGAGAUCUCCUUCAAACUGGGGGAACAGUUUGAUGAAACCACCGCAGACAGUCGGCAAGUGAAGAGCAUCGUAACAUUAGAAGGUGGGUCAAUGAUCCAGGUCCAAAAAUGGCUCGGCAAGGAGACAACAAUCAAAAGAAAAAUCGUGGAGGGGAAAAUGGUAGUGGAGUGCACCAUGAACAACGUUGUCUGCACUAGGACCUAUGAGAAAGCAUGAAGGAAGAGAUGACACCGGCAAGAACUUGGCCACUGCAGAAAACUUGUUGCUGAAGAAAAUCAGCCUUUGGGACAGUGACUUCAAAACAUUUUCAGGAUAAAUUUCCCCCAAUAAAAGCACUAACUGAAAUGCA